AUGGACGCGCGACAGGACUACGACGAGGAUACCUCAUUUGAGGAAGCUCUGCUUCUCGCCGAAGUGAGGCGUGCAUAUGAAGCGAGUAGCCAGCGAGAUCGACAGUACCAGCAGACAUCUGAGCAGUACCUCGGCAAGGAACUGGAUACCCAAGAUGACAGCUCGCACGAAGAGGAGGACCUUGACAACGAGAUGGAUGUGGACGCUGAAGGCAUUGAGUAUACGAGUGACAUGCCUGGUGACCUCUCUGACAGAGAUUUAGACUCUCAAUCUGGAGAAGACUCCGAGGAAUCAGAAGACCAGGACGUUGAAAUGGACCGUGAUAGCUCAAACGACAUGGAUUUUGAAAAUAUGCUCGAUGACCUUUCUGACGAGUUCUCAGACUUCGAGGCUGGAGAAGACAAAGAGGAGCAUCAGCACAAUGGGGAGUCAGAUAGCCACGACAACACUUCAAACGACGACAUGGCUGUUGACGACGAAGCCGAAGGCGAUUCAGAAGACAUGCUUGACCCUCUUUCCGACGCCGUAUCAGAUGACGAACAAGGUGGAGAGGCAGAGCAGCAGAGCCACCAACUCGCCGCCCCCGAAGACUCUGCGACACAAGAGCCUGCCCAAACAGAAACGGGCGACUGUACCGCCUGCUACACAGAAGACCUCUCAGUCACGCUACUCCAAGUACUUCCAUGCGGGGAUGCCUAUUGCCGCCCAUGCCUCAUCCAAACCCUCGAAAUAUCCCUCUCGCUCGCCUCGUACUUCCCCGCCCGAUGCUGCGAUGAAGAGAUCCCCCUCGAAGCCAUCGAGGCGCAUAUGCAUCAGAGCGACGUGCAACGUUACCGCGAGAAAUUGCUUGAGCACAGGACGAUAAAUCGGACGUACUGUAGUAAUCGUCAAUGCCUCGAGUUCAUCCCUCCCAAUAACACAUCCGAUGGUGGUAAACCCUGCUACGGGGACGAGGCAGAGUGUCCUGCUUGCACGGAGGUCACUUGCACCACUUGCAAGGAUAAGGGACAUACCGGUGCUUGUGAGAAACAGGUGGAGAUGGACCAGACCUUGGACCUUGCGGAGAGCGAAGGCUGGAAGCGAUGUUCUCGUUGCCGUCACCUCAUUGAGAAGAUUGAUGGGUGCACCCAUAUAAUUUGUCACUGCGGCUAUGAGUUCUGCUACGACUGCGGUGGAGAAUUUGAUAAUUGCGAUUGUGAAGAAUAG